CCUCCAGCCCUGGCUUGAAUUUGAUGGGUAUAAAAUGAGCCACCUUCGAGAAGCGAUCCACAAUCACUCAUACUCCAUCAUUUCCCUUUGGGGUCCUCGGUAAACCAUACACAAAAUCCAUGGUGAUCUUCUCCCAAGUCCACUGCGGGAUCUCCAACGUGUGGGAGAACUCACCCGGGAGAGUGCAAGGUGCAUCUGGGAGGCAUCUGCUAUCACUGCAACGAGUCGGGUCACUAUGCCAGAGAUUG